AUGGGGAGAAUUAAGAAGGUGGCUAGCCAAAAGCACGAGGCAACGAUCUCGCCUUUUCUGGCAGAUUUCAUUGCGCGCGCGACCAGUCUUCCCGUUCCAGAGCUUCCUUCACUUCUCAGCACAUUCCCCAAGCUAUGGCCCUUCCCUCGAGGUGACCUCUAUCACUGGAUUAAUGUCCUGGACCGGUUUGAUGAGAUUCUGGCCUCCGUUAUCGAGAAAUACUACCUGAACAUUGGCCCACAGACAAAUUCAUUUACCAGGAGUGCUCUUGAGAAUGCAUACACCGAAGAUGAAUCGAAAAGGCCUGCAGAGGGUGUCGAUGCCAAGCUGAACUCUUUGGGGUAUGGCCCUGACGGAGAUAGAGAGCUUGUGGAAGCCAUCCUUGAUUUCUCGCGUCUUCUGCUAGAGAAAUGUGGCAACCGCAGUCUAUACAACAGCAGUGAACGCUUGGGUGACCUCUUGAAUACCACAUCGCUGUCUCUUCUCCAAUCCACUCUGCGCCUGGCCCUUUGCCUGGCCCAAAGGUACCACUCCCGCCAACGGGGCUCUCACCAACAGGCGAUGCUGGCAACUCACUACAACAUCGAUCUGGAAAAAUUGCAAAAGAUCGCCGCACCUUUCCCCCGCCCGUUCGUUGCUACCAAAGCACCUCUUCCGGCGUCCCCGGCCGUCUCUGCCAAAGGGAAAGAGAAAGCAGCCCAGACUAAGCUCAAUGCAAAUGAGCUGGCUUCUCUUGUGCGCGACAAUGAUGGCUGGGAUGAAUGGGGCAAUGUCCGUGUGCUCUACUAUCCCUCUGGCUCAUCCGACCAGACGAGGACGACCUCAGAGUUCGGCCAGACGGAGCAUGGCUCUAACGCCCCGUCCACGCCUACUCCACUGCGGCGGAGCGCAACUCACCCUACUCCUCGACUUAGUCGUGGAUCGAAUACAGAUGAUUCUCCCGCUGGAAACAACACGAGUGGGAAGGCGGAUGAGGCAUCUCGAAGCGGGAAAAUCUUGGAUCUUCCCUACUCGAAAGUGUCCUUUGCUCAAGCGGAAAAUCUUCUUGCGACUAAUCUGCCCCAUCUGCCUCUGGAAUCGAAGUACGAACUUCUGCACAAAGUUCGCGUCGCCCAAGGCCUGGCGACGUCGCGUGCUACACGGGAACAGAUCCUUGCAAUCAGAAUUCUUGCAGUGACCAACUUGGCCUAUGUCCACCCGGAGAGUGCAUUCCAACAGAAGGUUCUUCAGUACGACAUGGAGCAGCCGAAGCGUCUCCAGCUCACCUAUCAACUGGCUGAAAUUGUUCAUCUCGGCGCGAGUGGUGACCUUGAAGUCUCAAGAACAGUACAGACUUUUGCAAUCCAAGCACUUGAUGCGCUGGCAAAACACAAGUCCCGUGCUGUGGAUGUUUGCGCCGCUCUGAGUGUCAAUGUCAACCAUGGUGUGCUCAUGUUCCUCACUCGUAAAGUGGUCAACGAGCUAGGUGCAGAAAACGACAGCGCAGACAAUCUCUACUAUGAUGAGUGGCGUGAUGCCCUGCUUGCGCUCUUGCGAACUCUUCCAAGCUCGAGUUCACGUACGCCAGAGACACUGGUUGCUGCAGGCCUGAUCCCCAUGUUUGUGGAUAUCCUUAACCUCCGAACCGACAAGGCUCGCCGAGUGUACUCGCGAAUCAUGGAGUUCCUCGACACUUUCGUACACGCGGUUCGAGAUGCACUCGGGACCUUGACAGCAGCGAGGGGAUUUGAUGCCAUGUCUGAUCUGAUUGACUACGAGACGAAGACUGCCUUUGAGAAAGUUUCCCAAGGAUCAGGAUUCCCUUCUCAGUACAAGAACCCAUCAAUUGAUUACCAGAUACCCUACUUCCAACAGCAGACACUGCGCUGGAUGUUCCGUUUCGUCAAUCAUAUCAUGCAACAUAACGGCGGCGGGUUCGACCGUGUGCUGCGAAACCUGAUUGACUCGCCUCAGCUGCUGACUUCUUUGCGACUGGUUUUUGAAAACGCGCGAGUGUUCGGCUCGCAUGUUUGGAGCAACGCUGUCAACAUUCUCAGUAGCUUCAUUCACAAUGAGCCGACUAGCUACGCUGUCAUUGCCGAAGCUGGUCUCAGCAGAAGUCUCCUUGCUGCUGUGAUGGGCCGCGAACUCAAAGCACCAGAGAAGCCGCCUGCGGUGGAGCCGGAGGGCCCCGAGACUGAAGAGGGCCGUGAGUACGUCCUCGUGAGACCGCAAAACACGCCUCUUGCACCUGGUAUCAUUCCCGCAGCCGACGCUCUCGCGUGUAUCCCUUCUGCGUUUGGGGCCAUUUGCCUCAAUUCCUCUGGCUUGGACCUUUUCCAGUCUUCCGAUGCGCUCGAAAGUUUCUUUGAAAUUUUUGAAAACCCAGAGCAUGUCAAGUGCUUGAAAGAUGACCCUAACUUGAUUCGCUCCCUGGGUACGACAUUUGACGAACUUGUUCGGCACCAUCCGGCAUUGAAGACAUCCAUAAUGUCUGCUGUCAUUGUCAUGGCUGCUCGAGUCAGCAUGCUCGGGAAAAUCAAGGCAUGGGAACUGGGAUUGGGUACAAAGAUGUGGACCGAAGAUUCUCAGGGCAAGCUCAAUCUCUCUGGCGAUGUCUUCUCUCUGUUCCGGGAAAUCGGAGCGGCCGCUGAAGUAUCAGUCACGGAUCCCGCAUCCAUUGGCGUUCCCCAGUUGAAUUCCGAUGCUCUCCCGAAUGGCGGGAAGCUUGUUAUUGGUGACUUAAACCGGGUCCUUCCCUCACAAAAUGGCAUUCUUGAACCCCAAGACCAGGAUGAGCAUGGACUCACGGCUACGGAUUACCUCUUCCCAGCUAUACGCUUUCUGGGUGCUUUCUUUGAGAACCAGCCAAAUUGCACAUCUUUUAUCCACUCCGGGGGAACGGAGUUUGUUUUGGAUUUCGCGACUCUUCAGAGCCUGUCGUUUGAUUUCCACAACACAGACGCCAACCAGGAGCUUACUGUCCUUGUGCAUAUGCUUGCAGAAACUAAGCCUCACCUGGUGGUGCCAUCUCUAGUGCACCGGGCCCAGUCAGCAGUCAACAACCUCUCGACUUUUUGGUCUGCACCCAACGACUCGGGAUUCUUUACACCAUUAGUGAGGCCGGCAGAUUCCAAAGAACCGGCGCCGAAGCCAACGCCUGCCUCUGAUCAUGGGACAUUUUUUGCGAAGCACUUGAACGCUAUUCUCCUCCUUACAGACCUCCUUCGUGAAGUCUACGCCAUGCCUUUGUACCAAACCCGGGCUUCCCAGCAACUUCCUCUUUUCCCACAUGUCAAUCUCACCGACCUAUACUGUACCCUUGUUUCGUCGUUGGGAAACCUUCUUGCUGCAUGCGUAUGGGAGGAAAUUAUGCUCGAGAAGAACAUACCAGAGAAAUGGAUGCAAGCCACCAAAGCAUCCACUGGGAAACCUGGUCCCGAACGGCCCAAUGAGGUGGCCGGUUUUGGAAUCCUUCCUCCACAGCCUUCAGAAGAUUCCACCGCGUCUCAACAGGGAGGCACUGGUGCGCCUGAUACUCAGCCUCAAGCAACUCAAGAUUCCGGAAACGACGAUACGAAACUGACCGAACGAAGUGCUGCUUUCAAGAAUGCCCAGACGAUUCGUUAUCUCUUGAGCGCUCUGCCAUCUUCAAUCACUGGUUUCUUCCAUAACCUCGGCCUCGGGCUCAUCGGCAAGAGACGAAUGGACCCUCCAAAGCAGAAGCAAAGUGCUGGCAUGGUGGCUGAUGCUAUCGCUGAGACUGUUCUCCGCCAAUUGCAGUUCAGCCCGCCCAAUUCAAGCGAUAGUCCCAAGCACCGAUUCGCCUAUCUCAUCGUCAUACUUUCAUCGUUUUCUCAUCUCCUCUACGAAGUUGCCACUGAUCGUCCUCACCCGAAUUAUUUGACUCUGGUUCUCAUCGCAUUCAAGAGGAACAACGGACUGAAAGUCUUGAAAGAUAUCUGUGACGUCUUCAUGCACGAAGUCAAGGAUCUUACACCUGCUGCAACCGCUCCCGAUGCCGACAAGGAACUUACCGCUCGGCUUGCGUCAGCUUAUGGCGGAGUCAAGAUCAUCCUCGCCUUGUUCUCGGAACUUGCUUCAGGCAAGAGCAUCGUUGAAUCCGGUCAAACACAGGCCCUGACUAGUCACCAUGAACGAGACCGAGACCGCCCUGAUUACUUUCAGCCGGGCCAGUUUUUGGUGGAUCUUCGCAUGGAAAUCCUGCCCAUGGCUCUGGACAUGUGGAAUUCAGAUUUCGUUACUCAGUCGUCGAGCCCGGUCGUCAAGUGCCUAGUUGAUAUCUUACGAUCAUCGCUGGAUGGCGAGUAUGAGACCGGAGCUGCUCAUAAAUCGGAUACCGCGCCUGCCUUGACAGAAAUGCCGAAGAACACCUUCGUGGUAAACAAGGACCGGGAGGCUUCUUUGGUUGAAAAGGGGUUCAAAGACACAGAUCUGAACAAGGAGGCUCUUUAUCGCUGCAACAACCUUUUGAGUGCUGCAGAGGAGUACUGCAAAGCACAGAAGUGGUUACGAGCCCCACCCAGGCUCCCUCCUGCCCCUGAUGAUAUCCAGACUGGAUCCACUGAAAGUGCUUCUGGUGGAGAGGCGCCUGAAGACACUCUAGGGGAUGCACCUCCGUUCAACAACGGGGGUUUCUUGGAACGCUCUGCCCUUGCCAUGCUUCUAGCACAAGCAACCGGACGUCCCGUGGACGAUGCGAUGCGCCAAGAGCAGGGACAUGGGAGAGAGAUGGAUCCCGACAUUCCUGAUCCCUUUGCCAGAGCCCUUGAUCAUGUCCUCCAUGACAAUGAAGAUACUGAAAACGAUGGCCAAGGCGAAUCGUCGAACCAGGAUCGCCCCCAGAACCGUAACCCCCAGGAAGGCUCGUCCGAACCGACCAACUCCGAGCCAGUCAGACGCCAUCAGAUGGUGACCGUCGAAGACUUGGAUGCCGAAAGGGAGAAGGUCAGAUCGAAUCUGAUUGAGCGGUGCCUGGAUGUCCUGAAUGUCCACCAUGACGUCUCUUUCGAGCUCGCUGACUUCAUCUCGUCCGCCAUCAAGAAGCAUCGUGAGCCUGAGAGCUUCCGGCGAGACAUUGGGGAGACCUUGGUCCAAUCACUUGUUUCUUUACAGAUGGAGAAUUUCCAAACUGCCGGCAAAAAGAUUGCUGCUUAUGCGCACAUCCUUGCUCUGGUCCUCCAAGAUCGUGACAUGUACAAUGCCACCCUCGAGGAGCUCAAGGAUUGCUUUUCAACUUUCCUUGGGUUUAUCAAGCUCCCCACACCUGAGAAGUCUGCCAAUGAAUUCUUCCCCUGGGUUGGGCAUGUGCUGCUCAUCCUUGAGAAACUGCUGUCUGAUGAUACCCAGCCACCCCAAAUCAGCUGGACACCACCAAGCCUUGAUGAUCCGAAUUCUGGUGGAGAGGACCCAGCACGUCUUGAAGAGCCUCUUGUCUCUCUUGAUGAAAAGACCCAGCUUUUCGAGGCCCUUCUCGAAAUUCUACCUCGUGUAGGCAAGGAUGACGCUCUGGCACUGUCUAUGUGCCGUGUUCUUGUCAUUCUCACUCGUCAACGCAGCAUUGCGGCGCGUUUCGGUGAAAAAAGAAAUCUGCAACGCCUCUUCGUCAUGGUUAAGCAGCUAGCGAGUGCCACGAACGACAAACUCCAGAGUGCCUUCAUGCUGAUCCUCCGGCACAUUGUUGAGGAUGAAGCUACUGUUCGGCAAAUCAUGAGAAGUGAGAUCGUCGCCAACUUCGAAUCCAAGUCUUCUCGCCAGAUCGACACCACUGGCUACGUGCGACAGAUGUACCACCUUGUGCUUCGAGCUCCUGAAAUUUUUGUGGAAGUAACCAACGAGAAGCUGAGAUUGCUGCGAUACGACACCCACCAGCGACCGCAGGUCCUUGGUUUGAGGGCUGACAAAGAUCGCUCCUCGCGCCACCGUCAAUCUAAGAAUGAACAGGAGGCCAACAAAAAUGAAUCUUCGACCGAUGAGGCGCCAGCGCCAGCACCAGAGGACAAGGACAAGGCUCAGGGCAAGGGCGCUGAACUUAAGGCGCCCGUGGUAGAGAAUCCGGAUGGGGUCAUCCACUAUUUGCUCUCUGAACUUUUGUCCUACAAGGAUGUCGAUGACAAGGAAUCUCUAGCUGAAACGGCGGACCAGCCUACUUCCAGUCAAACCGAGUCUCAAGCGGAUGUUGAGAUGUCCACCGAUGAACCCACGCCUCCAGUAUCCAGCGGAGUUGGUUCCCAAGUCCGUGGAUCCAAAAAAGGAGAGAAGCCUCCAUUCAAAGCAGAGGACCAUGUGAUCUACAUCUACCGGUGCUUCCUCCUCCAGUGUUUGACAGAGCUCCUUUCUUCGUACAACCGAACAAAGAUCGAGUUUAUCAACUUCUCGCGAAAGGCUGAUCCUCUUGCCACAACACCUUCAAAGCCACGGUCUGGUAUUCUAAACUACUUGCUCAACGUGCUUGUUCCUGUUGGCACUAUGGAGCAUGAUGAAUCUCUGGCGUUCAAGAAGCGCAGCAUCACGUCGACGUGGACAAUGCAGGUUCUUGUGGCUCUUUGCACCAAGACCGGCGAGUUCGGUGGUCUUGGCAGACGCCGUGGUGAGCAAAAGCGCAAUGAAGAGGAUGAGCCGGAGCUUGCGUUUGUCCGCAGAUUUGUGCUGGAGCAUGCCCUACGGUCAUACAAGGAUGCACAAGCGUCAAAUGAAUCACUGGAUGCCAAGUAUUCGAAGCUCAUGUCUCUUGCCGACCUCUUCGACAAGAUGCUCAGCGGUUACUCUUACUCCAAUGAUGCAGGCUUCCCUUCUUCCACGAGGCAACUUGCGAAGACCAUGUUUGAAAAGCACUUCAUUCCGGCCCUCACUGCUUCAGUUGCCGAUGUUGACCUGAACUUCCCGUCAUCCAAGCGUGUCAUCAAAUACAUUCUUCGCCCACUGAACAAACUCACACAAACAGCUGUGAUCCUCAGCGAGAACUCCGAUAUUUCUACUCUGGGCGAAACAGACCAAGAUGAAAUUUCGUCAGCAACAUCUGUCUCUGACAUGGAGGAUGAGCGUGAAGAGACACCAGACCUUUUCCGUCAUUCCACUCUGGGAAUGCUGGAACCUCGUCAUGAGGAAGAAACCAGCACCGAAGAAUCGGGAGAAGAAGACGAUGAAAUGUAUGAUGACGAAUACGACGAUGAGAUGGACUACGAUGAAGAGGUCCCUGAAGAUGACGGCGAAGUCGUGAGUGAUGAAGAGGUCGAAGGCAUGGGCCCGAUCGAAGGUCUUCCAGGUGAUUCUGUUGAAGUUAUCGUCGAGGACGAGGACGAUGGAGAGGAUGAUGACGAAGACGACGACAACGAUCAUUCCGACAUGGAAGACGAUGACAUAUAUGCCGGAGAAAUCACCGGGGAUCGAGACAACGAAAGCCUUGAAGAAGGGCAUGACGAUGAAUGGGAAAGUGAAGAAAUGACCGAGGACGAUGAAGAGGCUGAAAUGAUGAACCAGUUCGAGGAUGAAUUGGCCGACAUCAGACAAUCCAAUCAGCAGCAUGACGGUCACCAUCAUCGCAUCGAUGACUUGUUCCGUGCUCUCAACGAGGCUGCUGGUGAUGCCGGUGACAUGCACGGCGAUAGCCUGGGAGGCGAUAUCCAUGACGAAAUCCUUGAUGAAUUGAACGAAGAAGGGGACGAUGAAGACGAGAUCGAUGAGCUCGAAGAGGAAAUCGAUGAUUUCGAUGAUGACCAGGGCUCCUAUGAUGAGAUGGAAGACGAGGACCUUCUCGAGCCUUGGGGAUGGGAUGGCGAUGAAGCUCCGCCGCCUCGGGGACACCACCAUCACCGUAUCCGUGGCGGUCCACCAGCUUGGGCCGCCGUCACUGAAAUCAUGCCUGGUCGUCACGGUGGUCUGGUUCCAAUUCAACCUUACCCCCGUGUUCACAGAACUCAGAUUCCCUCGCGAGGCAAUGACGAUGGAACCAACCCCCUGUUAAUGCGCAAUGAUCGUGUUCCUGAUAUUCCUGACCCUCUCCGUGCACCUGGUGCCGAACCCGUGUCGGAAUGGGGCAACGCCAUGGAACCGACGACCGGUGGUCGAGUCAUUGCAAUGGACAGCCCAGUUAGCUUCAUGAACGCCAUCAUGCAAGCUAUUGGUGGACAGAAUGCCCCAGGCUUUGGAGUAGUCACUCGCCCUGACGGUAUCCACGUUCAUGUUGACAGGAGAGCUAUCCUCCCCAACCGCAUCCAGGAUAUGUUCGGAACGCCUCGGAACCAGGGACCGCCUCCUCGCAGUCGAGAUGACCCUCAAAAUGCUGUGAAAUUUUCCCUGUCUACGACCAGAAACCGCUGGCAAGAGGAAGCUCGCAUCCUGUUCAGCAGUACGUCCUGGUUCCCCCCUGCCAUUGAAGACGAGAAGCAGCGCCAGAAGCAGAUGGAGGAGGAACGCAAGCGUAUCCAGGAAGAGCGGGCCGAAAAAGAGCGCCAGGACCGUAUUGCCAGAGAGGAGGAAGAGCGCGAGCGCAAGCAGAAGGAGGAAAAGGAGAUUGCCAGGCGUCAAGCCGAGAGAGAGCAGCAGGAAGCUGAGCGGCAAGCUGCCGGGACUGUCGACGAGCCCAUGGAAGAUAUCCAACAGACUGACGCCGCAGCUGAAGCGGCUGGUCCAUCUGCUCAGCCCGAACCUGCUGAGCCGGUCCCCCGUGUUCACACAACCAUCAGAGGUCGCCAACUCGACAUUACAGGAUUGGAGAUAGAUCCUGAGUAUCUGGAGGCCCUGCCUGAAGAACUGCGGGAAGAAGUGAUCAUGCAGCAGCUCGCCGAACAGCGAUCUCAGGCCGCUGCCGCCGGUGAGGAGCCUACGGAGAUCAACCAAGAAUUCCUGGAGGCAUUGCCUACAGAGAUCCGUGAAGAACUUUUGCAGCAGGAGGCAGCCGAUCGGCGCCGGCGAGAGCGCGAAAGUGCUCGCCGACAGGCUACGGCAGGUGGUGCUCCUGCUCAUGCUGAAGACAUGGAUGCCGCUAGCUUCCUGGCGACCUUGGAUCCUUCUCUGCGACAGGCUGUCUUGGCUGAUCAACCGGAGGAAGUUCUUGCAACCUUGGGCCCCGAGUACCUAUCGGAGGCACGCGCUCUGGGUGGCCGACGCAUGGCACAGUUUGGAGAUAUUGGUGGAUUGGAUCACCGGCAGAGACAUGAGCCGGUCGAAGACCAGGAGCCAAAGAAACAGCAAAGACGCCAAAUUGUUCAAAUGCUCGACAAAGCCGGUGUUGCAACGCUCCUUCGUUUGAUGUUCAUGCCACUCCAGGGCAACGCACGUCACCAGUUGAAUGACAUCCUACACAAUGUUUGCGAAAACCGCCAGAACCGGGGCGAGGUUAUCAGCCUUCUCCUGUCUGUCUUACAGGAUGGUAGCGUGGAUGCCUCUGCCAUUGAACGCAGCUUCUCGCAUCUCUCGCUUCGUGCGAAGGUUCCCGGGGCACAGAAAACCCCGCAGUCUGUCAAGCGGAAUGUCUUUCUUCACACGUCCUCGAACGUUAGCAGCGAAGUAACCCCGAUGAUGGUGGUGCAACAGUGUCUGGGCACCCUCUCCUUCCUGUCCCAGUUCAACCCCCACAUUGCUUGGUACUUCUUGACGGAGCAUGAUUCGGCAUCCGCUCUCAAACUGAAGGCACUCCGCAAGGGCAAAAGCAAAGAAAACCGCGCCAACAAGUUUGCUCUCAACGCCCUGCUGUCUCUCCUUGACCGAAAGUUGAUCAUGGAAAGCCCUAACUGCAUGGAGCAGCUGUCUAGUCUCCUCAGCAGCAUCACUCAACCGCUCACCGUUCUUCUUCGCCGCGAGAAGGAGAAACAAGAGGAAGAGAAAGGCAAAAAGGCCGAGGAAGCGCAAGAGGAGCAGCAGCCUGGGGACCAGUCUAUUCAAACCAUCGAAUCCGGUACCGACACAGCCAUGACGGACGCUCCAUUGCCCACUGUGGAGAACACUGAGACCCAAGAUCCAGAAGGCGCCGCAGAAGGCGAAGAGACCACCUCUGCCGAACCCAAGAAACCCGGAGAUGCCAAGCAGCCUGUCGAGGACGAGAAACGCAAGAGAAGGGCUAUUGAGCCUCCCGUCGUUCCCGAUCACAGCUUCCGUUUGGUGGUUCACAUUCUGGCUGCUCGCGAGUGCAACGGAAAGACAUUCCGAGAUACUCUUUCUACGAUCAACAACCUUUCUGCAAUUCCUGGUGCCCGAGAUAUCAUCGGCAACGAGUUGGUUGGCCAAGCACAGCGCCUUAGCGACACGAUUCUGGCGGACUUGGAGGAGCUUCUUCCUCAUAUCCACCAUGCUAAGACCGGCACCGACAUGCAGGGCUUAGCUCUGGCCAAGUUCUCGCCGGCCAGCUCUGACCAAGCAAAGCUGCUGCGUGUUCUGACGGCGCUUGAUUAUCUGUUCGACCCCACUCGAGUGGACAAGUCCAAGGGCAGUGAGCCCGAAUCCGCGCCCAAGGAGGACGUGCUCAAGAAGCUGUAUGAGAGCGCCACCUUUGGGCCUCUGUGGACCAAGUUGAGCGACUGCUUGACCGUCAUUCGGCAAAAGGAGAACAUGUUGAAUGUGGCCACCAUUCUCCUGCCUUUGAUCGAGGCUUUGAUGGUUGUCUGCAAGAACACCACGCUCAAGGACCAGCCACUGUCUCGAAGCAGCCGGGAGCUGUCGGCAAGCAGCAACCCGCCUGAGUCUGGUCUCAGCAUGGAGAAUCUCUUCUUUAAGUUCACCGAGGAGCAUCGUAAGAUUCUCAAUGAACUUGUCCGUCAAAACCCCAGAUUAAUGAGCGGCACAUUCUCCCUGUUGGUCAAGAACCCAAAGGUCCUGGAAUUCGACAACAAGCGCAACUACUUCACUCGCCGUGUACACUCCCGUGGUGCCGAGCCCCGCCAGCCCCAUCCUCCCCUUCAGCUUUCUGUGCGGAGAGACCAGGUCUUCCUCGACUCCUUCAAGUCCCUGUAUUUCAAGAGUGCGGAUGAGCUGAAAUAUGGCAAACUCAAUGUGCGGUUCCACGGAGAGGAAGGUGUCGAUGCCGGCGGUGUGACCAGAGAAUGGUUCCAAGUUCUUGCGCGUGGCAUGUUCAACCCUAACUACGCUUUGUUCAUCCCCGUCGCAGCCGACCGGACAACUUUCCACCCCAACCGUCUUAGCGGCGUCAACUCGGAGCAUUUGAUGUUCUUCAAAUUUAUUGGGCGAAUCAUCGGCAAGGCCUUGUACGAAGGCCGGGUCCUGGACUGCCACUUCAGUCGCGCAGUCUACAAAUGUAUUCUCGGUCGGGCUGUGUCUAUCAAGGACAUGGAAACGCUUGACCUUGACUACUACAAAUCUCUGCUGUGGAUGCUGGAAAACGACAUCACCGACAUCAUCACCGAGGCUUUCGCCAUUGAGACGGAUGAUUUCGGCGAGAAGCAGGUGAUCGACCUGAUUCCUGAUGGUUAUAACAUCCCGGUCACCCAGGAGAACAAGGAGGAGUAUGUCCAGCGUGUAGUCGAGUACCGUCUAGUCGAGUCGGUCCGAGAACAGCUGGAUAAUUUCCUGAAAGGUACGAAUCGCAUUCCGUCCCCCAAUCCUCAGUCUGUCGAUCAGAAACUAACCCAAGAUUCAUCAGGAUUCCACGAGAUUAUUCCCCCAGACCUGAUCUCCAUUUUCAACGAGCAGGAACUGGAACUCUUAAUUUCCGGUCUGCCUGAGAUCGAUGUGGACGAGUGGAAGAACAACACCGAGUACCACAACUACUCGGCCUCCUCGUCGCAAAUCCAGUGGUUCUGGCGGGCUGUCCGCUCGUUCGACAAGGAAGAGCGAGCCAAGCUCCUGCAAUUUGUGACCGGCACCAGCAAGGUCCCUCUAAAUGGUUUCAAGGAGCUCGAGGGUAUGAACGGCGUGAGCCGGUUCAAUAUCCAUCGUGACUAUGGCAACAAGGAUCGCCUUCCCAGCUCUCACACAUGUUUUAACCAGCUUGAUCUUCCUGAGUAUGAAAAUUACGAGACCUUACGCCAGCGCCUGUAUACUGCAGUGACGGCUGGCAGUGAGUACUUCGGGUUUGCAUAG